UCAUCCGAUAUCAGUUCUGCAAUAUUCAUAGUGAGAAGCGAUUGAAAGUUUCAUGGAGUCUCUGAAUUCUGCACGAGGCUCCUCCAACGUCUGAUAUGAGUCUAUGAAUUGGGCGUAUCCUCUCAAGCAGAAGGCCAGACUAUUCCACAUUUUGGUGAAACUAUCGGCAAAAGGGUGCUCACUGGCCUUCGUCUAGUCAAGCCCAACCUCGCGUCCAGAACAUCUCAAUCUGUUUUUCUUCUCAAUCAUCCCGUUUCUCAAGGGGAGCCGAAUUUUGUCUUAAUCAUGGUCCAUACUAUUGACGGCGCCAUGGCGGAGGCCUUGAGCUGCCUUCGUCUGGUUUCCAACCAGUUUCGCGCGUAUGGCAGAGCUGAGGCCGCGAACGCUCUGGGAAAGCUCAGCGUCGAGCUUGUUAGCGCCUUUUCUGGAGCUGUCCAGGAUCUUCCUACUGAAGCUUACUUGUUCAAUGACAAUUGUCCUGCACGUCACGCCAAGCAAGAGAAUGAAGAGAAGGAAGUCAGUGACAUACCUUCUCUUGGAACUCAUGAGAAGCAAUAUGUGUUCCCCUUGGUGCCAGAGAAGCUGCAGCAGCCGAUGAUAAUACCACCCUUCAAGGAGAACUUGGCUCCAGUCGCGACGCCAAUUCGACCUAUUCCAUCAAUCGCAGAAAGCAUUGCGCAGAUCGCACAGUCAGCGCAAGCCCAGAUAAAGCCACCCACUCCCCUCAUGGAGAUGGACCAGAAACAAUCUAUGCUCACUUAUUUAGCCCUGGCAGAGCAGACCAUUUCUGCCCCAGGGGCAGUGAUAAGCGAGGAAGAACGCAAAGCUGGCGUCGUCUAUCUGCACGGAAAUGUGUUCCAGAACUUCAUCCGUUUUGUCACCGCGCGCAUCCACGAGGGACCGCUGCAGGAGAUCGUGAUCGAAUCGACCCAAAAGACUAAGAUCGUAUUCCUGUACGCAGCCAAUGCCAGGGAGUUUGUCAAGUCGAAUGAGCAGAAACUGGCCACCACGGGAGUCUCGCGCUUCGGUGCCGGUUACACGGUGGAACUAGUAGAGUCAACCGCGUGGAACGAUAACCAGUUCAUGAUGAUCCACCCGUUCAAGGAACGCCGGCGUCUCACCUUUGCGAGACAGAAGCUGUUCUCGCAGAAUCUCACGGCUGCCAGAUGGAGAAGGGAUAUUGCGGAGAUCGUGGGGCCCCAUAAUAUUGAUUUCCUUUGGAUCUUCAAUUCUGGGAAUGCAACGGCUGUCUUUACCAGUACCGUCGUCGCCAGGAAGGUCCUGGAGAGAUUCAAGAAGCUGAAAGUCUCUCGUGGCAGCGUCUACCAGGGUGUGGAUGUAUCUUACUCCAGCGAUCCCUGUGAAAAAGAGCUGCACUUGACCACUCAGGCGAAAACUCCUUAUCACGCUUUGCAACUUCCAGCCGGCCCAUGAUCAUCACAUACUUCCAAGUUGUUGUUAUUAUUUCAGAAAAUUGGUCGAAGCCGAUGGACCCGUGGUUAGGAUUGGUGUUUGGGGUUGGUGUUUAUCUAUUGCUCGCGUUGGGAACGUUGACUUUGCAAAACAAAUGGUGAAAGGAAGAAUAUUCCACGAAGGGAUCGAUACAUCGCGACUCCAGGACCAAGUAACGGCAAAUAUCCUAGAAU